AGGGCACACGGAUAAUUUUAGGCGAAGCGAAGAUGAGCCCGAAUCGAGCGACAACAACUUCCACAACACCACACUCAACUCACUCUUUGAGGAACAUCCGAAACAAUCACAAUGUCGGACGGAGAAGAGACCCAAUCCAACCCCCCCGUCGCCGCUGCCGAUGAGGUCGAGGUGAGCGCCGACGCCGGCGGCUCUGGCCAGAUGUCCGUGCUGGACGCGCUCAAGGGCGUGCUGCGCAUCUCGCUGAUCCACGACGGUCUGGCGCGCGGUCUCCGCGAGGCCGCCAAGACGCUCGACCGUCGCCAGGCGCACAUGUGUGUGCUCAACGAGGGCUGCGAGGAGGAGGCCUACAAGAAGCUGGUUAUUGCGCUCUGCUCCGAGCACAAGAUCCCCCUGAUCAAGGUCCCUGAUGGAAAGAUGCUCGGCGAGUGGGUUGGUCUUUGCCAGCUCGAUCGCGAGGGUAACGCCCGCAAGGUCGUCAACUGCUCUUGCGUUGUCGUUAAGGAUUGGGGUGAGGAGUCGCAGGAGCGCUCCGUCCUGCUCAACUACUUCCAGACUGAGCAGUAAAUUAUGUCUUGAUCUUUGAUGAUCUGGAUAUGAUCCUGUCUUCGGGUGGAUUUGUAGGUGGAUUUGUAUCUACUGCAACUACAACUACUACAAAUAGCUCAAUCUUGACGUCUUGUCAUCUGACCUUUUUAACUUCU